UCAGCACACAGUAACCUCUACGUCACAUACUCUGGAUCUAAAGGUGAUGUUGGCAUCCACAGGUUUGGGAGGAACAGAGUUGGACCCACGAUGCACGAUAGAGAGCAGCACUAUGUGGGUUUGGUGCCCAGCAGACGGAGAGAUGACUCCCUUCAGGGCAAAGUGUUCGGCUUCUAUAAGGAGAAAAACAAAGAUCCAGGCCUGUACAGUGAUAUGUGGAUCCCCUUUGUGACCCGAGUGUGCAUGGGAGAUCGUGGCGGUCCGAAGAACUUUCUGCAGUUCAGCUGGACGUCCCAGAUGAACGCUCGGCUGUUCUGCGGAGAGCCUGAGAGCCGAAGACAUUUCUCUGAGCUGGUGGAUGUAGCUACUGUGGAGAAAGAGCAGUGGGAGGACACCAGAGUCUACGCACUCUUCAGAAAUGAAUGGGGGAUGAGUGCGGUGUGUGUCUACACCAUAGGAGACAUUGAACGCAUCUUCAGAUCGUCCACAUUUAAAGGCAAAGUCCGCCAACCCGGCAGGUCCAGAGCGUGUGUCCAGGACAGCAGCGCGAUUCACAUGGACAUCCUGAACAAGAUCAAGGAGAACUCGGAGAUGGAGGAAUGGGUUCGGCCCGUCGAUAACUCCGGUCCGAUUCUCUUUAAUCAUCACAACUACACACACAUCUACGUUGACGACUCUCACAACAACAGGAGCGAUAAUCACACCGUGCUCUACCUCUCUCUACAUAAGGGAAACAUUCAUAAGGUGGUGCAGACGGAAACUCAGACUUUCGUCAUCGCUGAGUAUCAACCUUUCCACCACAGACACCACGUCCUCACCUUCCUCCUCCACCCCCCCACUGUGAGUAACUUGAUAAGAAACAUAGUGAGAGUGCAUGGGGUUAUAGUGAGUCACAACAUGGAUAACUUACUAUAUAUAGGGGUCAAAUCAGGUCAAAUUUAUAAUGAAAAGUUGUUUUCCUGGAUAAGCGCUGGAUAUGGAAUACAAGUCUUUAUUAUAACGGAUUUCUUUACAUCAAUUAUUACUUGAAUGAGUCCCAUGUCA